AAAAUACUUGAAUGAUUCCUCACCUAGAAAUAAAUAUUGGGCUAGGUUCUCUGGCGUUUAUUCUGUUGCAAAAGUUAACCUUAUGGAAAGACAAUUACUAUCUUUGUUGGAUUAUGACCUUCGAAUACAUAAAUCGGAUCUAGAUUUACAUCUUGGCCCUUUAAUAAAAUUAAUGCCUCGAUUUAAUUUCAAUAUUCAUACUUCAGCAAGACCCGAUCCUCCUCAAAGAGUUCCUUCUCUAAAACAUCAUCAAAGAUCGGCUUCUCAUCCCGUUAAUAAUCUUCAUCAAAAAACUUCUUAUCCACGUCUUCAAAUAUAUACUUCUUCUCAUGGUAGAACUCCUCCAAGACGACAAACCUCGUAG